AUGGAUGAGAAAGGAAGAAAAGUUAUUGUUUGCGACAACGGCACAGGCUUCGUGAAGUGUGGAUAUGCGGGGAGCAACUUCCCAGCCUUCAUUUUCCCGUCGAUGGUCGGUCGGCCGAUCAUCAGGGCAGAGAAUAAGAUCGGAGAUAUUGACGUGAAGGCUUUCAAUCAAGAGGAUGUGGAAGUUAUGGACUUAAUGGUUGGAGAUGAAGCAUCUAAACUCAGGUCUAUGUUGGAAGUCAGUUAUCCUAUGGAGAAUGGCGUGGUCCGAAACUGGGAGGAUAUGUGCCACGUGUGGGACUACACGUUCGGUCCCAGCAAGAUGAACGUGGACCCGAAGGAGACUAAGAUAUUGCUCACUGAACCACCCAUGAACCCCACCAAGAAUAGAGAGAAGAUGAUUGAGGUAAUGUUCGAGAAGUACGAGUUUGACAGCGCGUAUAUAGCCAUCCAGGCGGUGCUAACGUUAUAUGCUCAAGGACUUAUCUCCGGAGUGGUCGUCGACUCUGGUGACGGUGUAACCCACAUAUGCCCGGUGUACGAGGAGUUCGCACUGCCACAUCUGACGCGGCGGCUCGACAUCGCCGGCAGGGACAUCACUAGGUAUCUCAUCAAGCUCCUCCUCCUCCGAGGCUACGCCUUCAACCACUCGGCAGACUUCGAGACAGUUCGCAUGAUGAAGGAGAAGCUCUGUUACAUCGGAUACAACAUCGAGCAGGAACAACGACUGGCCUGGGAGACCACCGUGCUAGUGGAACCUUAUGUUCUACCAGACGGUCGAGUGAUCAAAGUAGGAGGCGAGAGGUUCGAGGCCCCGGAGGCAUUGUUUCAGCCACAUCUGAUCAACGUCGAGGGACAGGGCAUCGCUGAACUCGUCUUUAAUACUAUACAGGCGGCGGACAUAGACAUGCGCAACGAGCUGUACAAGCACAUCGUGCUGUCGGGCGGCUCCACCAUGUACCCCGGCCUGCCCUCGCGCCUCGAGCGGGAGAUCAAGCAGCUCUACCUCGAGAGGGUGCUCAAGAACGACUGCGACAAGUUGGCUAAAUUCAAGAUCCGCGUGGAGGACCCGCCUCGGCGCAAGGACAUGGUGUUUAUAGGCGGCGCUGUACUCGCCGAGGUCUGCAAGAAUAGGGACAACUUCUGGCUCUCUAGGAACGAGUACUUAGAGCAGGGUAUCUCCUGCCUAAGGAAGCUGGGUCCUCGCGCCAGUUAA